AUCUCAUCAGUUCGUCGCGGCUGAUCUUUCUUGGUUGUGGUCCUUCGUUAGAUCAGGCCGCAUCUUCAUUCAAGAAAACGCGUUGUUGCGUUAGGAAAUGUCUCAUCGUAAGUUCAGCGCGCCCCGUCAUGGGUCCUUGGCCUUCCUGCCCAAGCGCCGUAUAGCUCAGCACAGGCCCAAGAUCAAGGCCUUCCCCAAGGAUGACCGCAAAAAGCCUGUGCAUCUCACCGCGUUCCCUGCGUACAAGGCUGGCAUGACGCACGUCUUGCGCAUAUCUGACAAGCCGGGUUCCAAGUCCCACAAGAAGGAGGUGCUCGAGCCCGUUACUAUCCUCGAGACGCCACCCAUUGUUAUCGUUGGUAUUGCUGGCUAUGUGGAGACACCCACUGGCCUGCGCUGCCUCAAGACUAUCUGGGCUGAGCAUCUUGGAGAAGAGUGUCGUAGGAGAUUCUACAGGAACUGGCACAAGUCGAAGAAGCGUGCUUUUGUGCACGCCACCAAGAAGUGGCAGGACCGUCUGGGUAAGCUCUGCAUCAGGCGUGAACUUGCCAAAAUGAAGAGAUAUUGCACCGUCAUCAGGGUCCUUGCCCACACUCAGCAAAAGCUGCUCAUGAAGCGCCAGAAGAAGGCUGACCUUCUUGAGAUCCAGCUGAACGGCGGUAGCGUUGAGGACAAGGUGAGGUGGGCUUUCCGCCACCUCGAGAAGCGCGUUCCUGUGGCCGAUGUGUUCGCUAUGGAUGAAAUGAUCGAUGUCAUCGGCGCCACUAAGGGAAAAGGACGCAAAGGUGUGACGUCACGUUGGCACACAAAAAAGCUGCCUCGCAAAACGCACAAGGGUCUGCGUAAGGUUGCGUGUAUCGGUGCCUGGCAUCCUAGUCGCAUCCAGUACUCAGUAGCCCGUGCUGGUCAGAAGGGUUACCACCACAGGACUCAGAUAAACAAGAAGAUCUACCGCGUCGGUGCCGCCAUUAAGGCCAAGAAUGGCAAGCUGGUGAAGAACAGCGGGUCUACCGACUACGAUUUGACUGAGAAGACCAUCACGCCAAUGGGUGGUUUCCCCCAUUAUGGUGAAAUUAACAAUGAUUUCAUCAUGAUCAAGGGAUCGUGCGCGGGAUCCAAGAACAGGAUCCUUGUCCUCAGAAAGUCACUGAUCCAACAAACGAAGCGAUCGGCUCUGGAGAAGAUCGAUCUGCACUUCAUCGAUACCGCCAGCAAGAUGGGUCACGGCAAGUUCCAGACCAGCGCUGAGAAACGCAGCUUCAUGGGACCUCUCAAGAAGGAUCGCAUCAGGGCAGAAGCUGCUAAGGCUGCAACCGAGGCUGCCAAGAAGUAAACUUAAUAAAAUGUUUACUCUGA